UUAUGUGAUGGCGCUUUUGCAGUCAGUACACUUGUCAAUUCCAAAGUGGCCGCCGUUACAUUCGUGAUCGGUGGGCGGGGAAUUGAUAAGAUCUUAUGUUUAUCAAAAUUUCGUAGGACGUUUUGCCGAGUAUAAAAUCCGUUUUCAAAAUGAUACGAUUUAUCCUCAUACAAAACAGGGCUGGCAAGACUAGGCUGGCAAAGUGGUACAUGAACUUUGACGAUGAUGAAAAGCAAAAGCUGAUAGAAGAAGUUCAUGCGGUUGUCACUGUCAGAGAUGCGAAGCACACAAAUUUCGUCGAGUUUCGCAAUUUCAAGAUAGUAUACAGGAGAUACGCAGGCUUAUACUUCUGUAUCUGUGUCGACGUUAAUGACAACAAUCUCUGUUACUUGGAGGCGAUACAUAAUUUUGUGGAGGUGCUGAACGAAUACUUCCACAAUGUAUGCGAGUUGGAUUUAGUGUUUAAUUUUUACAAGGUAUACACCGUCGUGGAUGAGAUGUUCUUAGCUGGUGAGAUCAGAGAGACGAGCCAGACAAAAGUGCUAAAACAGCUCUUGAUGUUAAAUUCCUUAGAAUAAAAAGCUCGUUGAUCUCGGCUUUAUGUACGAACAAAUGCAUGAUCUGAAUAUGUAACGCGUGUGAUGAUGAAUUGUACAUCUGUAUUACGUUGAUUAUAUCGCGUAAGACACGUACAUAAAUACUCUAUGUAACGAUAAUUGUUUAAACGAUCCUCGAUAAUCAUUUGCUUCACGAGAAGAAAACGAGUAUGAUAAUCUCUACACGUUUUUUUGCGUUACGGACUUAUAAAAAAAGAAGCAAUAGGUAUGACAAACUACAACUAUAUUGUAGACGCAAAAAAGAGUAGAAAGCAUAUCGUUUUAAAUAUGUAAUAAAUUCUGUAAAUAUGUGCUGAAGAAUAAA